AUGGAUUUUCCACUCUCCUCUCAAACUCUCCGAUACACUCGAUUCUGGAGACGGAAGAGGCUUCUUUAUUUCUUGAUGAAAAACACGCACGCUUUGGAGGGAGAGAGUUUUGCAGCGAUCACCGGCGCCGGAGGGAGAACUUUCUCUUCAGCCACGGAGAGGUUAAUGUCCUCUUCCCAGCAUGCCGGGGGUGGAAGGUGCAAAAUGGCUGCGCCUGCGAGCUCGUGGGGCGAGUGAUGGGGCUGCUGGGGAACGACCCCCGCUCCGAUCCCGAUAGAACCAGAUAAACAUCGUUCGGUAGGGUCGGCAAUUGCUGCUUGGGAAGGAAGACAUGGAUACUCCUGCAGACACCUGGGACAAUCUCCAUGCUCACUUAACUUUCCUGUGGUUGAACCGAUUUUACCUCUAUUCAUGUGCAGCUUUUGGAAUCAGCCUUUGGUUUUGCUUCCAGUUCCUCAACAAAGCCAAAGAGCAGAACAAAAAUCGCCUUGCAAAAUUAAACCUUCCUAAAAUCACAGCUGCUGAAAAAGAACAGCAAGAUCCAAGCCUUCAGAAAGUCCAUGUAGCUGGAGUGAAGGUAUUCUAUGGUUCCCAGACUGGAACAGCAAAGCGGUUUGCACUGGUACUUACUGAAGCUGUUGCCUCCAUUAAUUUGCCAGCAGAAAUUAUUAACAUGGAAGAUUACGAUCCGGAUGACUCUCUCAUAGAUGAGAUAAGCAGCCAGAAUAUCUGCGUGUUUUUAGUUGCCACUUACACUGAUGGCAAACCAACGGAGAAUGCAGCCUGGUUCUGCAAGUGGCUGGAAGAGACGGCCAAUGACUUCAGAGUUGGCAAAGCAUAUCUGAAGGGCUUGCGAUACGCUGUCUUCGGUUUGGGAAAUUCAGUGUAUGCUGACCACUUCAACACUGUGAGCAGGAACCUUGACAAGUGGCUGUGGAUGCUGGGUGCUCGACGCAUUCUGUCAUGUGCUCUAGGGGACAGCAAUGUGGUGAAGAGCCAGCAUGGAAGCAUUGAGGCUGAUUUUGAGGCUUGGAAGGCCAAGUUGCUCACGAGGCUUCAAGCUCUUGCCAAAGGGGACCAGAAGGCCUGUAGUGGGAGAUGCAAAAAAGGGCAAUGUAGAUCCAAAUCAAAAGGGAGCCAAGAAGCAAAAGAACAAGAGACCUCAAAACAUGGGGGGAAAGAAGAGGAAGAGUUCUUUGAAACCACAAGUGAGGAGGAAUCAGAUACAGAGAAUGGUAGAGGUGAAGAUAAGGUUGUGGAUGUUGAAGAUUUGGGCAAAGUGAUGGGCCAAAUGAAGAAAUCUCAGAAAGACCAUCAGAUUAACGGAGAGGUUCCCAUUGGAGUUGGAACUCAACAUGGCAGAGGGGAGGAUGAGAGAAGAGAGAUGAUCACCCCUGCUCUUCGAGACGCACUCACAAAGCAAGGUUAUAGAUUAAUUGGGAGCCAUUCUGGAGUGAAGCUUUGCCGUUGGACAAAGUCGAUGCUUCGUGGGAGAGGAGGCUGUUACAAGCACACCUUUUACGGCAUUGAAAGCCACCGCUGUAUGGAGACCACACCAAGCUUGGCUUGUGCUAAUAAAUGUGUCUUCUGUUGGAGACACCACACAAAUCCUGUUGGCACAGAGUGGCGAUGGAAGAUGGACCAGCCAGAGAUGAUCUUGCAGGAGGCCAUUGAGAACCAUCAGAAUUUGAUCAAGCAGUUUAAAGGAGUCCCCGGCGUGAGAGAUGACCGCUUCAGAGAAGGGAUGGAGGCCAAGCAUUGUGCACUGUCUCUUGUUGGGGAGCCAAUCAUGUAUCCCCAGAUCAACCAGUUUCUGAAGCUGCUGCACCAUCGCAACAUUUCAAGUUUUUUGGUUACAAAUGCACAGUUUCCAGAGGAAAUUAGGAAUCUCCAGCCUGUCACACAGCUGUAUGUCAGUGUGGAUGCCAGCACCAAAGACAGUCUGAAGAAGAUUGAUCGACCUCUCUUUAAAGACUUUUGGAGGCGGUUUCUAGAUAGCUUGCAAGCCUUAGCUGAAAAGCAUCAGCGCACCGUAUACAGGUUAACCCUGGUGACUUGGAAUGUGGAGGAGCUGAAAGCUUAUUCAGACUUGGUGUUUCUUGGGAAGCCGGAUUUCAUAGAGGUUAAGGGCGUGACGUACUGUGGGGAAAGUUCAGCCAGCAGCCUCACCAUGGCCAACGUCCCUUGGCAUGAAGAAGUGAAGCGCUUUGUGCAGGAGCUGGUUGACCUCCUCCCAGACUAUGAAAUUGCCAGCGAACACGAGCACUCCAACUGCCUCCUCAUUGCCCACAAGAAGUUCAAAAUCGGAGGGAAAUGGCACACCUGGAUUGAUUAUGAUCGCUUUCAAGAACUGGUCCAUGAAUAUGAACAGAGUGGAGGAAUUAAAACAUUCACUUCUGCUGACUAUGUAGCACUGACUCCUCCUUGGGCAGUGUUUGGAGCUAAGGAAAGAGGCUUUGACCCAAUGGACACAAGAUUUCAACGAAAAAACAAAAUAAAGGACAUCUCCGGAUGCUGACAAUUUUAACCCGUUUUAGACCAUUUUUAAGCUAGAGCUAGGAUACAAUCAGAGUGUUUGGUUUGUAUACUUAAUGUCAGAAAGUGUUGCAUAAACCUUGAGACUUCUAUUUCUCUUGGGGA